CAUCUCUCCUCCCCUCCCACCCCUCAUAAAAAAAAAACUCUCCUCCCCUCCCCCCGCCGACCAAAAUCGCCGUCCCGGCCACGAUUCCGGCAGAUUCGUACGGAGCAAGGUCGGCAUGCGGUGCCAACCGCAACUCCGCGCCAAAAUCCGCCUCCUCGACCCACCCGCGGCCCCCUCCACCGCCUGCGACGCCGGCCUACGCGCGCUGGGCCUCCUCGACUUCGUCCGCCUCGACCUCUGCUUCUCCGGCGCGUUGUGCCGCCAACACGUCGCAGAUCUCAUCGCCAACUACAAUGCGGAACACGGGCGGAGCUUCACCCAGAAUGGCCGCAUCGAUGUCUGCUGCCGUACCUUCGCCAAGGCGCUCUGCCUCCCGCCCCCUGGGGCUGCGGCUGCGAGGACCGCGUCCUACGAAGUGGACUCGGCCGCCGUCGCCUUCGCCGCGACGGAGUUCAUCAAGGCCUACAUCCUGACACCGUUAGAGGCAGGCAGCGGCUGGAAUAGCAGGGCCCGCACGAGGGCACAGAUGGUGGUGAUGGAUGGGAAGGCGCAUACUUUUGACUGGACCGCGCUAAUCUGGAGCCUCGUGGAGGAAGAGAUGUUGGAGCUUAGGAAAGGGACGAGGUCUCACUCGGCAUGCUACUACGGCGCCUACCUGCAGAAGCUCGUCUUGGUGAAGUGGCCGACUCUUUUCCGGCCGCCGCCCAAGUCGUCAUUGGGUGCGCAACACAAGAAGCCCUCCGCAAUCAGCGGGAGAAACAACCGAUUAACAACCAGUGAGCUGGAUUCCAAGUCCAAGAUGCAAAAACUUUUUGGUGCGAGAUCUAUGCAGACAGAGACUCCAGCGCUAGCUACCUUAAACAAGCUUGAUAGUACAAAGAACCUUGAGCAAGACAAAGAAAAGUUGCGUUCGACGAAGUCACUCAACGAUGCUGUAGUUACCCCAAAAAGAAAAAACAACGAUGAGUUGCAGCACCCAGAGCUGGAUCCCGAGAUGAAAAAGGAUCUCGAUGCAAAAUCAAUGCAGCCCGAAGCAAGAUCUGCGGAGUUUGAUGCGAGACCCAUGCAGACAGAGCUUGCACCGCUAGCUACCCUGAAAGAGCUCGAUAGAAGAAACCUUGAGCAAGACAAUGAAAACUUGCAUUCAACAAAGUCGCUCAACAGGGCUGUAGUUACCCAAAAAAGAAAAGGAAACGAUGAGUUGCAGCACGCAGAGGUGGAUCCCAAGAUGAAUAAGGAUCUUGAUGCAAAAUCCAUGCAGCCCGAAGCAAGACCUGCGGAGUUUGAUGUGAGACCCAUGCAGACAGAGCUUGCACCACUAAAAGAGCUUGAUAGAAAAAACCUUGAGCAAGACAAUGGAAACUUGUAUUCAGCCAAGUCGCUCAACGAGGCUGUAGUUACCCAAAAAAGAAAAAGGAACGAUGAGUUGCAACACUCAGAGGUGGAUCCCAAGAUGAAAAUGGAUCUUGAUGCAAAAUCCAUGCAGCCCGAAGCAAGAUCCAAACAACUUGACGCCAGGGACAAGCAGCCUAGUCAUGGUCUAUGGAUCUGGAAGCGAAAUCAAAGAUGUUGGAUGUAAAAUCCAAGAUGAUUGACGCGAGAUGCAAGAAGAUUGAAGCAAGAUCAGCAGAGUUUGACGUGAGAUCCAAGCAACUUGAUGCCAGACACUUGCAGUUUGAGGCAAGAUCUAUGGAGCUAGAAGUGAAAUCCAGGAGGCUUGAAACGAGAUCAAAGGAGCUUAAAGCUCUACAUGCGCAAAAUGAGUGUGAGAGGAUGCACCUUGCGCAAUACAAGAAAAAGUUACAUCGUAAGAUGCACACAGUUGAGUCUUUUAACCAGGCUUUAGUAACCCAGCAAAGAAAAGGAAAUGAUGAGUUGGAGUGUCUAAGGGAGCGAGUAGCACAGUUACAGAAUGAACUGGAAGCAAUGGAGUCGCUCAAUCGUGUUCUACUAACCAAGGAAGUAGGCAGCAACAAUGAGUUGCAAGUUGCGUGGAAAAGGCUGAAAGAUGGGCUGCAGAAGUUUACAAAUGGACGGGCGAAUAUAGGGGUCAAGAGAAUGGGCGAGCUUGACAUGAAAGCAUUUGCGAAUGCUUGCAAACAAGAUUUAUCACAAGAAGAUGCCCAAGUUGAUUCUGUUUUUCUUUGUUCAAAGUGGCAAGCUGAAAUUACAAACUCAGAGUGGCACCCUUUUAAGAUCGUCAUGGUUGAUGGUAAAGAGAUGGAAAUUCUCUUAGAGGAUGAUGACAAGCUGCGGAAGUUGAAGGAAGAACAUGGUGAAGAAAUAUGCACUUUGGUAACGAAUGCACUGCUUGAAAUCAAUGAGUACAACCCCAGUGGCCGUUAUGUUGUACCAGAACUGUGGAACUAUAAGGAUGGCCGGAAAGCAACGCUGGAAGAAGGCAUCGAGUUCAUCGUGAAACAGUGGCAAUCACAUAAGAAGCGCUGAACCUGGGAAGCCAGGUUUCAUGCAUAGAGGGGGCGAGUUUGCUCAUGGAGAGGGCCAAGCUUUCAUGGAGUGAGAAAAUUUGGCAGCAGCAGCCACUACCAUUGAAGAAGAAGCAGAUGCUGAGGGAAUUUGUCCCUGCGCUGAACCCCAUUUAUCUGCAGGCUUCGUGUGCUGCUUUUGCUUUCAUAUCUUCCACCUUUAACUAGACAUAGUGUGAGUUUAAUGUUUUAGUGUAUUAGGUAGAGGUUGGUAGUGGCUCAUUGGUUGAUACUGAUUGUACAACUAUAUUAACCGUCAUCGCCUUUCAUCUUAUUAUUAGUUAGAUCCUCUUAUUGUAGAAUUGGCAUGUACUACUAGUCUAAAAUGUAGAUUGCCUCUUAUCUUCACAUAUGUGAUGUUUACCCUUAA